AUGGCGCAGGAGCGUGUGCCGCCUGCGGGCCCCGACGGGCCGCCGCGCCGCCGCGGGCGCCAGCGCUACGUGGAGAAAGACGGCCGCUGCAACGUGCAGCAUGGCAACGUGAGCGAAACCUACCGCUACCUGACCGACCUGUUCACCACGCUGGUGGACCUGCGCUGGCGCCUCAGCCUGCUGGUCUUCGUGUUGGCCUACGCGCUCACCUGGCUCUUCUUCGGCGCCAUCUGGUGGCUCAUCGCCUAUGGCAGAGGCGACCUGGAGCACCUGGAGGACGCCGCCUGGACACCGUGUGUCAACAACCUCAACGGCUUCGUGGCCGCCUUCCUCUUCUCCAUCGAGACGGAAACCACCAUCGGCUACGGCCACCGCGUCAUCACUGACCAGUGCCCAGAGGGCAUCGCGCUCUUGCUCUUGCAGGCCAUCCUGGGCUCCAUGGUCAACGCCUUCAUGGUGGGCUGCAUGUUCGUCAAGAUUUCACAGCCCAACAAGCGAGCCGCCACAUUGGUCUUCUCCUCGCACGCGGUGGUCUCCCUCCGCGACGGCCGCCUCUGCCUCAUGUUCCGUGUGGGUGACCUGCGCUCCUCACACAUAGUCGAGGCCUCCAUCCGUGCCAAGCUCAUCCGCUCGCGCCAGACCUUGGAGGGGGAGUUCAUCCCACUGCACCAGACCGACCUCAGCGUGGGCUUCGAUACCGGCGACGACCGCCUGUUCCUCGUGUCGCCGCUUGUCAUCAGCCACGAGAUUGACGCUGCCAGCCCCUUCUGGGAUGCGUCACGCUGUGCGCUGGAGAGGGACGACUUCGAGAUCGUUGUCAUCCUGGAGGGCAUGGUGGAGGCCACUGGAAUGACGUGCCAAGCUCGGAGCUCCUACCUGGUCGACGAGGUGCUGUGGGGCCACCGCUUCACAUCCGUGCUGACCCUGGAGGACGGUUUCUAUGAGGUGGACUAUGCCAGCUUCCACCAGACCUUUGAGGUGCCCACGCCCUCAUGCAGUGCCCGCGAGCUGGCGGAGGCUGCAGCCCGCCUGGAUGCCCAUCUCUACUGGUCCAUCCCCAGCCGACUGGAUGAGAAGGUGGAGGAGGAAGGGGCAGGGGAGGGGGCAGGGGCUGACAAGGAACAGAAUGGCUGCCUGCCUCCCCCAGAGAGUGAGUCCAAGGUGUGA